ACCUGUAAUACCGGUAUAUUUGUACCUGUUUAUUAUGCCGGUAUGUACCGUACGCUGACUGUCUCGCGACUGUUUGCAUCACGGCACGUACUGGCAUUGGCAUUGAUGACACUCUACAGCCAUUUAUCCAGAGUACUACUACCAAUCUUAAUGACCACCAGCUGCCCAGCAUUUAUUUAGACCUUCUCCAUAAAACCAAAGAUGGCAUCAGGUUCAGCACCACCGCUGUACGCAGGAACAACGAGUAAACCCCCUCCAUACACUCAACUGAAGGAAGAAGGUCCUCCGUCGUAUGGAUCAAUCACUCAACAUCCCAGCUACCCAGGACAGCAGCCCGCACCCGGCUACCCCCAGCAGCCUGGCUUCCAGCCUCAAGGGGUUCCUCCACCACCCAGUGGCACCCAGUACUACCCGCCCCAGCAACAACCUAUGGUAGCUCGGCAGACGACGUACACAACGCAGGUGGUGGUGGUAGGGGGCUGCCCCGCCUGUCGCGUUGGAACCCUGGAGGACGACUUCACACUCCUCGGCCUCUGCUGUGCCAUUGUCUUCUUUCCUCUUGGCAUCCUCUGUUGCCUGGCGAUGAGACAGAGACGAUGCCCCAAUUGCGGUGCCACCUUUGGAUGAUGCGGCCACGCCCACCUGUCAAUCAGGUACUCCGGAGGAAACCUCUGGGUUUUCCUCAAUAGAUGUGAUCUUCAAACUCUAAAUCUCAGCGCAGCUUUAUGAUAACCUAAUAAAGCGUCUUUGAUCGAAGUCUAUAUGUCAUACAUGAUUUUCUUCUUUUUUUAAUCUAAAAUUUUAUCAAAUGAUCUACAAUCAAGGUUUCCUCCUCGAUGGGGGAGGGGCCCUAUACUCAGGUUUAUAUAUUCAUGAAAUGAAUUUUUCAUUAAAUGCAAAA